UUGGUGUCACAUCACAUGUUGAUGGAAUCAGUAGGCUGGAGGCAGCUAACGCUAUUUCAUCUGAAUCACAUAUGACCUAUUUGGGGCUUACCUUUAAACUUAUAAUUUAAGAUAAUUCAUACACAAUGUCAGCGUCAAUGGUACGGAGAGGACUGGAGCUACUAAGCGAAGACUUAAAAGUUGCUAACAGCGGGCCAAAACCCAAGAAGAGAAAAGUAGUAAAGUCUGCGAAAGAUCUGAUCAGCUCUAACAAGCAAGGAGUGAGGAAGCAGCUCAAACGACUGCAGGGCCACCGGGGAUCAGCUAAGAGCAAGGCCACAGUGAAAGACAAGCACGUCAAGUCUUCUAUCGAGGAGUAUAGGAAGAAACAGACCAAAAGCCAGCUCAGCUCCAACCUGCAGUACUUUCUUGGAACAAGCUCAAGCACAAAUCAGAGUACAACCCAGAAGAUCAUCAAUCAGAAUUCUGGUCGACAGUCGAGAUUUCAACCAGACCAACCAGUUGACAAGCCAACAGAAGAGAAAUCGUUCUUCACAGAGGAUCAAUUCCUGGAAUUCCAGAAGGAAUACUUCGGUCAAAUCGUGGAGGGUAAAAACUGAGAACAGACUCUGGAAGCUCAUGAACAUCCGAUGUGAAACCUCCACCUCUCAUAGGGCUCCCCCGGCAUGGGAAUUGUUUGUUGACGACAGCGUGGGUGUCAAGUCAUGGAACCACGUUGCUCAAAGUGUAAUGACCAUAUUUCUUGAGUUGUUGUUUUUGGCUUUCCUGAAAAACAGGAAUGUCAUGUUGCAGUCACUGAUGGACUUGGAAGAUGGAGCUGCCUGGAGGGAUGCGGUGAAAACAAACUGUGUGAAUUCACAAACGGCACAGACAAUUGCUGAACCUGUAUGAGUGCUUUCAUUAUUGUAUGAGUGCUUUCAUUAUUGUAUGAGUGCUUUCAUUAUUGUAUAAGCUUAUUUUAAUUUCAAUUAUAAUUUCAGUGUCCUCAUGGCUGGCAAACGUUUUUGUUGUAUUUGUUUUCAGAACAUGUUGUCACCAUGUGGCUUUUGAUCUUUAGUUUUUCUAUUAUAACAGAAUUAAAAUGGUUGUAAUGACUCCUUAUUUCCUAUUGAUUUCUUGAUAUUUGCUUGGAAGAAGGGAAUGUGACAGGAUCUUGACCUGUUUGUCUCUUUAGUUGGCAGAGAACUAAAUAAUUAAUAAAAAAGGUCACAAUCGAAA